CAGUAAUCAAGAUUUCAAGGUUUUUAAGAACUUUUCUAUUAAUGCCUCUAUUUUCUUUUUUCUGAAUUGUGUGCUAGUACACUCUAAAUGCAUGGCUUUGUCCUUGGAGAAAGCGUGUUCUUAUAAAAAAUGAAGCUUGUCUAAUAUAUUCUUAUUACCCUGAUUCUGUUUUCCUAUUGAUCUGAAUUUUAUGUACUCAGAAUGUGUAAAGAAGGUUUUUUUUAAAAAAAGAAAGAAACAAACCAAAAAUGCGAAGUGUUGGCUUUUCUCAGAAGGCACUGCUCUUUUAAUCCCUGUGUUACGUUAGUGUUCAUCCCACCAGCUUUCUUAUUUGGUUACUUUAUUUAACCACAGCCGUGGUUUCUUUUAGGUAAAGGGGCUCAGUACGCAGUCAAAUGUUAGGGUAGAAUGCCGCAAAUAUGUCAAACACAGUCAUGAAAUCUUGAUUGUGUCACAACAUUUACUGAUUUUUAAGUAUAUAAUUGAUGGAAAUAAUUCUAUGAAACUGAGCUAAGGGAGUGUUUGGGGGUUCUUUCUGAAAACCCCAGGAUAAGUAAGAGGUUAAUGAGUAAAGGUUAAGGGUUAAGGCAUUAAGAUUAAUCACUAGUUGUUCUACCAUAUGGGAUCCCUCAUCAUAUACAAUUACAUAACCUCAUUUGCCCAUUUAAGUUGUCUGGAGGUUUUCUUGGCUGUCUUAAGAUGCCUUUUCUGCUAUCGACAUUAUGAAAUGGUUAUUUACUGUUGGCGCAUCACGCAAAGGCUCUAAUCUGUGACUUUGCCGCUGUCUGUUGCAGUUCCAGGAUUUGUCGAGUUUCAGAUUAGAGCCCUGCGUCGUCAUAAAUCUCUGCUUUCCAAUUCGGUGUGGUGGUGGCGGGUGGGGCAGUUGCUCGGUGUACUCGGCGGAUUUGGUAGAUAAAAGGUUUAUUCGCCCAUGAAAGAUCAACUUCUAGGAACUUUUUUUUUGAGAUUGAGGAUCGUCCAGCUAACAUAGCUUGAUGCUCCUCUGAUCCGCUGAUUUCUUAUUUUCUGUUAAGAUUUUUUUUUCUUUGAAGGGUUUUUGAAAGUUUUUAAGGGUACCACACUGUGGCUUCCCAUUAUGAAUUACUGCCUGUCCGACAUGUAUGAGAUGCCUCACGGUGGAGGCGGAGGCUACGCAGUGCAGGGCAGUGGAGAAUGCUGCAUGUACCCAGGUGACGGACCAGGGUUCGGACUUUGCGAGCCCCAGCCCAUGCAUCACCCGCCGUGCAUGGAUCAGGCUUGGCCACCCAGCCAGCACUACUCAUGCGCAUAUGCCGGUAGCACUCCUGUUUUUAAGAAUGAAUUUUGCAGCAUGGAAGUCCCUUUAAGUCAUUUCCCACACCAGCCUGACUAUUUCUAUGAGGGAAAGCCAGACUUGUCACAUCUGCAGUGGAUGCAGGGACCGCACAAGAAAGGGUACAUACCAAGUUACCUGGACAAGGAUGAGCUAUGUGUAGUGUGCGGGGACAAAGCCACAGGCUAUCACUAUCGCUGUAUUACCUGUGAGGGAUGCAAGGGUUUCUUCAGGCGGACAAUCCAGAAGAAUCUCAAUCCAACCUACGCUUGUAAGUACGAGGGGAAAUGCAUCAUCGACAAAGUGACCAGAAACCAGUGCCAGGAAUGUCGCUUCAAGAAGUGCAUUGCAGUUGGAAUGGCGACCGAUUUGGUUUUGGAUGACAGCAAGCGGCUGGCCAAGCGGAAGCUAAUCGAGGAGAACCGGGAGCGCCGUCGGAGGGAAGAGCUGCAGAAGACAGUGUGGGACCGACUGGAGCCCACCCAGGAGGAGUGGGACCUCAUCCGCAUGGUGACCGAGGCCCACAUGGCCACGAAUGCUCAAGGCAACCACUGGAAGCAAAAACGGAAAUUCCUGGUCGAGGAAGCAAUGCUUCUUAAUGAAAUAACAUGUAAUUUAUUCUAUACUUCUGACCAGAGUGCAGUGGGGGUGAAGGAAACUAAGCCUGAAGAUAUUGGUCAAGCGUCCAUCGUAAAUGCACCUGAAGGAAACAAAGUGGACAUAGAAGCCUUCAGUCAGUUUACAAAAAUUAUCACCCCCGCCAUCACCCGUGUGGUGGACUUUGCCAAAAAACUGCCUAUGUUUUGUGAGCUGCCUUGUGAAGACCAGAUCAUCCUGUUGAAAGGCUGCUGCAUGGAGAUCAUGUCAUUGCGAGCUGCCGUUCGCUACGAUCCGGAGAGCGAGACCCUCACGCUCAACGGCGAAAUGGCAGUCACCCGCGGCCAGCUUAAAAAUGGAGGACUGGGCGUGGUGUCAGAUGCCAUCUUUGACCUUGGCAUGUCGCUGUCGUCCUUCAACUUGGAUGACUCUGAGGUGGCUCUCUUACAGGCUGUCAUCCUCCUCUCAUCUGAUCGCCCAGGCCUGAGCAGUGUAGAGCGAAUCGAGCGCUGCCAAGAGGAGUUCCUGCUGGCCUUUGAACAUUACAUCAACCACCGCAAGCACAAGGUGGCGCACUUCUGGCCCAAACUGCUGAUGAAGGUGACAGACCUGAGGAUGAUCGGCGCUUGCCACGCGAGCCGAUUCCUUCACAUGAAGGUGGAGUGUCCCACUGAGCUAUUCCCUCCUCUCUUCCUGGAGGUCUUUGAGGACUGACCAAUGGAUUGGUGCGUGAGUGAUUGCGUACGUGUGUGCGUGUAUGUGUGUGCGUGUGUUUAUGCGUGUGUGCACAAUGUCAGCGCCUGGACACCCCGGUGAUCGCAGGGGUGGAGUCAGCGGAACGCCGGUCACAAUGAACUUUCUCUAAGCACUACUGAGUGUCACUUCAUUCCAUAGCUUAGGAGUAGCUUUUUGGUCUAGUUUUGGAUGGAACCAUUCCUUACAAUGCGGGUACAUGUGAAUAGCAUUUUGUUCUUUAUUUUUAUUUUUUUGUUGUUGUUGUCAUUGUUGUGGAUGUAACCUCUCACCUCUGAUUUUACUAUAGGAUUUUUUUUUGUGUUGAUAAUUGUACAGUUGGCGUAUUCGUGAUUUUGUCGACACUUGUUCAGUCAUAGGAAAUCAUGCAAAUGUUUCUUCCGUCUUUUAUAUUGAAAGCUCUACAUGGCUGCUGAUUUGACAGUUUAAUACAAAACAAAACAUG